AACAGAAGAUACACAAUCAUGGAGAAGACUGCUGACGAACAGAUGUCCAGAAAACAGUCAUCCACACCGUUCUCAAGCAGGACUGUUUCUAAACAAGCUGGUUGUUCACAGAGUGCUGUAUCUAAAGAUUUUCACGGAUUAUUGAAUGGAUGGGAAACCCUCCACGCCCACACAGAUGAAUUUUGGAGUCACAUUCCUCAUUAAAACCACUCCUGAACCAGAGAUGUCGUCAGAAGCAUCUUAUCUGGUCUAAGGAAAUAACACUGCUGCUCCUUUAUCCAUAUCAUGCGUUUUUUUUUGGGUUUUUUUUUAGAUUAAAGUAAAUGUUACAUAUCAUAAAAAAGUCCCAAAGUCUGGAAGAAGAGUCAACAUUGCUUGAAGUUUUAAGCUGUGAUGUUUCUCCACCAUGUAGCAGGAGCUUCUGGAGCACGCCAUGCUGCCCUCUGCUGUCAUUCUGGAUGGAGAUGCUGCUUUUAUUUAUUUAACUAUGAUGAUACUGUGCUUGUGUGGCCAUCCAAUUCCUCUGACAGGUACCUGCAAGAAAAUCUGUAAUGCUAUCAUUCUAGUUUUUAAAAUGUUUUAGUAUUAUUGUUUUUUUUUCUAUGAAGAUUACAUAAAUGAAUUAUGCCCCACAUCAGAGAAGAAAAAAUAAUGUGGCCCUCACAAGAAAAACUCCCUGGCCCUGGUUUAGAGAAAGAGAAAUGCUGCCUAUGACCCCCAAAACACCAUCCCCACUGUCAAGCAUGGAGGUGGAAGUAUUAUACGAGCUUGGAGGAGCAGCCCCUCGCGGAGGGUGAGGGGGCGUGUUUGUGUACACACUACCAGCUAUAUGUUUGUGUCUCAAAGCUGGCAGUGCUGCGUUCACGGUGUUUUUAUAUCUCACGGGCUGACGGUGGUGCGUUCACUGUCUAUUUAAAUCCUCGUGAAAGCGGAAGCUCGGCUUGGCCUGCGUUGUCAGCUGACUGGGAGCUUUACGCUAGCAGAGCAGCAAACGGGUCUGCAGCUGCUGCUGGAUCCAGAUUUUUACCCGAAAAAAAAGGAAAUGUGUGUUCGGACAUGAGACGCCACCGGAAGCACUCCUUACCAGAGGAAAGCAGGAGGUGUUAGCGAUUCAUAUAUUUUUUUAAACACGCAUUCAUCACCUCCAACGCCUGGACGCCCUCACGGCUUCAUCUGCUGUAACCAUGACAACAGGGAGGUGUUUCCACCUGCCCGGCUCUCUUUGUGACUGUGCCAACAGCACAGGUCUGUGGAAGGGCGUGGAGGACGGGGGCGCCGACGGGUGCCAGGCGCACUAUGUGACCCAGGUCACGGCCAUAGACGGUCGGUUGCUGUCCUCUGUGCUCAAGCCAGUCAGUGUGCAAAGCGAUGGCUCCAUCUGUCGGAUUUGCCACGAGGGAGGUGGCAACGAGGAUCUGCUGUCGCCGUGCGAUUGCACAGGAACGCAGGGCGCGGUGCACAAGAGCUGCUUGGAGAAGUGGCUGUCGUCUUCCAACACCAGCUACUGUGAGCUUUGCCACACAGAGUUCUGCAUCCAGCGACAGCAGCGGCCGCUAACAGAGUGGCUGCAGGAGCCCGGUCCUCGUAACGAGAAGAGGACUCUGUUCUGGGACAUGGUGUGUUUCCUGUUUAUCACGCCCCUAGCAGCCAUCUCCGGCUGGCUGUGCCUGAGGGGCGCUCAGGACCAUCUCCAGCUGGGGAAAUGGCUGCAGGCUACUGGUCUCAUUGCUCUCACCAUCGCCCUCUUUACCAUUUAUAUUCUCUGGACACUGGUUUCGUUCCGCUACCACUGUCAGCUGUACUCUGAGUGGAGGAAAACGAAUCAGAGAGUAUGCCUUCUCAUUCCUGAAGCCAAGGAGGCAAACUUUUCCCAGCAUUCUUUGCUCUCAAAUGAACUGCUGAAAAAGUCGAGCAGUGAAAACAUCGUAUGAGCUCCCACUCCAACAUGUUUCCUGUUCCCUGUGUCUUUUCUGUUGCUGCCUGUCAGUAAAUCUUGUGAGGCUGAGUGAGUCCACCGUCCUCAUGCUGGCUGUUGACCACAAUUAUGCAAAAAAGGCGCUUCGCCGUAGCGGGGCGGACAGAUGUACUCCGCCAUCCUCUCCUUAUUAUGCAUUCUGGGAGGAGGCUCUAAACCCUCAGCAGAGUUUACAGGAACGACCACUGCAGAGACUGAACACUGUGGACAGGUCUGCACAGUGCAUGAAGAGCUGUGUGCCAACAUGCAACAUUUCCAAAUGCAAACUGCACUUUCAUUGAUACUGGGGACUGUUGUUUCAACUGGAAUUUCUAUCGUAAGAAGGAUUUCCAUGAGUCCUCGGGAAGGUUUUUGUACAAAACAGCAGUUUACAAGUCAGCUUGUAAAGGAACAUUUCUUGCAAUGUGUAUUUUUGCCUGCAAAACUGCUUAUUUAUAGCUUUUCAAUUGUUCAUUUUACUGAAGUUUUGUUUGCAUUUUUUUUUUUCGUUUAAACCCCUCUUUGGGUUUGAGGAAGGACCGGUUCCUUCUACUUGUUGCAGCUUCUGCUCACUCAUCAGAAGUUUUUGGUCCAAUUAUUUUAUGAAGUUUGGCAUUUGAGACGGUUAAUACAGUUUACACAGAAAAAAAGAAGACUUUCCCAAAUAUUAAUUUUAAAAAAUUGUCUGUGUUUUUGACAAAUGAAUUAGGAAUAAAGGCUGUUAUAUGGUACUUGCAUUGAAUUGAACCUUUAUGUUCUUUCAUUUUAUAGCUUUUUUUUAUAAUGAUGCUGUUAUAAUUUUUUUUUAAUUCAGUUUAAAUGUAAAUACUAAUGACGCACGGAGAAAAAAACUCUUUUUGUGUUAAAUAUAGUUUUAGAAAAGUCAAACUUACACUUUUUUUCCGUCCUUUUAGUUUCACAGAUGCUAGGGGAGCGUUGUUUUGUGAGGAGGAUGUAUUAUGGUGCAGAAAAUGAGCAGCAGACAGAUGGUGAUAUUUUUGCCCCAGCGUGGUUGUUGACAGCGACAUUAUCAGAGGAUCUGUCGGCGCUGAGGCGCUGUCCUCUUGUUUACACGACUCGUGUCCUGUGUCUGUCUGACUAGUGCUCUGGGUUGGACGUUACACAAACAUUUGUUUGUGUUUUUGACUGAUCUCCGAAUGAGGGAUUAUCUGCAGCUGGUUGAGUGCUCUUCCUGCCUCAGUCAUUUGCAUGGUGUUUAGGCUUCGUCUUGUAUGAUCGGUGGGGGGCAUCGCAAAGCUGUUUUAAAUUAUUUUCACUCUGCAAUUUUUUUUGCUAAUAUUUGAAACUAUUUUAAAAAAGUAAGCAUCAUCUCUUUUGAAAUCUAAUAGAAAUUGCUGCACUAUUUCUAUUUUCUUUGUGAUGUUUUUUUCUUAAGAGGCAGCAGUGUUGAUGCUAUCAGGUAAAAUGUCUGCUGCUUCUUUUGUUUUUAGUCCUCACAAGAUUCUAAUGUUUUAUUUAAAAAAAAGCACGUUUUGACCAGAAAGAACUCUGCCACCUACAAUCAGCCAAGAAGUGUUUGCAAAGCCAAUAAAAGCUUUAGACUUCC